GGCAACAAUCAGAAACUGAAGUCAACAAUGGCGGAAGAUUCGAAUUUGCAGAAAAAUGUUCAUCUGGAAAUUUUGCAAAAUGGAAAUAGUUUGUUGUCCGAAAAAGAAAUUAAAAAUUUUGUUGCUAAAUGGUUGCUCUCGCAAUCAAACUUAAUACAUGAAAAUGUUAUUUCAAUUUUUGAUGAUCAAAAUUUAGCAGAGCAUGUGAAUAGUAUUUCAGUCUAUGAAGAUUUUGAAAUUCCCACAAAUGGGACAUAUCCUAAAAUAUUUUAUCAUAUUUAUCGUUUUAACUCGAGUGCUCCUGAAAUGGAAGAACUAGAUGAUGAUCAGCGAAUAAGUACAAACUGGAUAUUGCCAACACAAGAAUUCCAUGGUCUAUGGGAUUCACUUAUUUAUGAUUCUGGAGUAAAGGAUGAAUUGUUAAACUAUGUUUCCACAGCUCUUCACUUUUCAGAGCAGUGUGUUGAUCCAAAUAUAGUUUCUUGUAACAGAGUAGUUCUACUGCAUGGCCCUCCUGGCACUGGAAAAACUUCACUUUGUAAAGCAUUAGCUCAGAAAAUCUGUAUCAGAUAUUCAUCAAAGUUUACUUAUGGGCAACUGGUUGAAGUAAAUACACAGUGUCUUUUCUCAAGGUGGUUUUCAGAGAGUGGAAAGUUGGUGAUCAGAAUGUUUCAGAAUAUAUUAAAACUAGUUGAAGAUUCUAAUGUUCUAGUAAUAGUUCUUCUAGAUGAAGUUGAAACUCUUGCUCGCUCUCGUACGUCUGCAUUAAAUGGUAAUGAGCCAUCCGAUGCUUUGCGGGCUGUCAAUGCUUUACUUACACAUUUAGAUAUGAUAAAGAAGUAUCCUAAUGUUUUAAUCUUAACAACUUCAAAUAUCACUGAAGCCAUUGAUGUUGCGCUCAUUGACCGUGCUGAUGUAAAACAAUAUAUUGGCCUACCAUCAGUUGAAGCUAUAUAUCAAAUAUAUUACAGUUGUGUUAAGGAAUUACAAAAAGUUGGAAUCAUUCGCACAUCACAGACUGUUUUAGAAUUACCAAGACUGAGUGCAGUUCUCAAACUUAAGACAUUGCAGGAUGAGCAUAUAAAUUCUGAUUUACUUAGUGAAGUCAAUCUUGAUAAAAGUUUGUUGCUGAACUCAAUUGCAAAAAAAAGUAUUGGACUCAGUGGCCGAACGUUAAGAAAAAUGCCAUUUGUAGCUUAUUCUUUAUUUAUUAAAACACCCUUGGUUAGUCUUGAUGUGUUUUUGGAUGCUCUUUCGAAAGCAGUAGACCGAUAUUGGGAAGAUAUCAAAUUUUUAAAACUCGUGCAUGAUAGCUAUCAUGUAACAUUUUAAAUUUUUAGACAAAUAUUAUAUAUAUAUAUAUUACUUGAUUUGUAAUUUAUGUGUAUAUACUUAUGUAAAGUAUUAAAAAAGAAAUUUUCUGGGGUUUCUGAACUUAGCCAUUAACUUCUAACUGAAGCAGUACACUUCAUAAAAAUACUAGACCUUAUAACAUUUAACUCAAUUAAUGUCUAAAUUUGACUGUUGUUACAAAAGAACAUUUUAAUUCAAUUCAAAGUCCAUUUUUUCCUAGUUAUGUACAAAGUAUUUUUUCAACUAGAUAUUUUUGUAUUGCUCUGUUUGGUAUAUUCCAGUAACUAUGUUAACACAAUAAUCUUAAUUUUUUUUCCUAAUGAAUUGUUUCAUGUGGCAAGUUCCUCUGAAUCGUUCUAUUAAAUAAUAUAAAGCAAUAUUUAACAUUGUAAAGACAUAAUAAUUAUCACUCUACAAUUGUUAAUUGAUAAAAAGUAGCUAGUAAUUCCUAUAUAUAUAUAUAUACGAAAGUAGCAAGACAACAACAUGAAUAAGAGAGACCUUAGUGGUCAAGAAUUUUGUGCAUUGAGCUGCAAAUUUUUUAAAAUUUUUAAAAGAGGAAUGUUUAAAAGCUUAUGCUAAAAAAUACAUUUGACUCUAUAGUUCCUUACCAAAAAUGUAAAAUCAUGCAACUACUAGAAACAAUAAAAAAGUAGUAAAAGUUAUCUCGUAAAAAUUAAAUGUUAAAAUUACAAAUCGAGGUAACUUCAAAACCAUAUAUAUAUAUUAAUGCUGAAUGAAGCUGUGCUUUGACAUUAGAAGUAUACAACAUUAUUUAAGUUCUUCUACAAGAACUUUUAUAUUAUUUAUUUUAAGUUCAGAAAUCUGCCUAUAAAUAUAUAUACAUUUGCUUAAAAAUGAAUGUGUGUUUGCCUUUAUUUAAAUGCAUUAUAUUCCAUGAAAAAAGCCCUGGCCAUGUAUUUAAAAGCUAUGUAUUUCUGCCUAUUCUCCAUUGUCACUUUACAAUUGUAUAACAGCAGAUUAUUAAAAUAACGUAAGAUCUCAUUUACUCCUGUAUGGAUAUGUAAAUUAAUAUACUGAUUUUCGGGUAGCUGCAACAGUAUUUCUUUUAAUUCUUGCAAUCUGAUAAGACUGCCUUAAUAUCUGAGUGGAAACUAAAUUAGCAAUGAUAUUUUAAAUCUAAAAUUUUAGGAUGUUUUAAAAAGAGUUACCACUCAUUUCCAAGAAUUUUUUUUAUUUGAUUUAUGCAUUCAAAUACAAAAAUAGCCAGCUAUCAUUGAAGAAUAAAUUUUUAAGUGAUAAAAUUUUUAUUACUAGGUUACGUUAAAUGUUUUAGUUGUGACCAAAAGGCAUGAUCUACAGAAUGUUUAAAAACCAUAUAAUGAAAAGUGAGUGGUGCUGCAAAAUUUUAUUGAUCGUUUGGUUGCUAAGAAAAUGAUUAUGAAAAUGUAUGGAUAGCAAUAUUAGAGAAAAAUUGUGCAGAGGAGACAUAAAAUGCAUUGCAUCUAAAUUUUUAUAAUUUAAGUUAAAUGUUAGCAAAAUUCCUUGUUAUUUUUUUAUUGGUCAACAGCUAAAACCAUCAGACAAUUAUCUGAAAUGUAGAUUUCGAGCUGCUGUUUCCAAAUAUGAAAUGAUCUAUCAGAUCACACUUUUUAGAUGAAGUAUAUUUCUGUUAAAGUUAUUUUUAAUGAUGUGCUGUGUUUAUGUUACAAAAUAGAGCUUACUGAUGUUCUUAUAUUUAAGUUCAUAUUGAUAUAUGUAUAAUUACAUUUACUUUGUGUUUUUAAUAAAUUUAGGAUUAAUUUUUUGUAAUUGUUGUUUUUAUUACAGUUCUUAAUAAAAAAAUUUUAUUGGUGCUUGAUCUAGUUGAUUUCAAAA